AUGUCACCAGCCGUGCUAAGGUACACUAGAGAAGAGAUUCUUUCCUGUCGCCCGAGGUUUAAAGGCGAGCUGGCUGCAGAGCCCGAUCCCAAUCUUGUUGCUUGUGAUAUAGUGCGAUCUUGCUUGAUAAACAGUUCGAGUAAGAAGGAUUUUAGCCCAACCAUUACCACCGAACUUAAGCAUUUCCUCUUGAACGCACAAUCGCUCAAGUCGAAAAGUGAAGUUGUUACGGAGCUACUAUGCAGCAGGAGACCGGAUCUGCUGUGUGUAACCGAAUCCUGGCUCACUCUACUGAAUGGCGAUCACCUUAUUGCGUCCAUCUGCCCACCAGGUUACUCGGGCCUUCAUGAAUCAAGGAGCAUCAAGAGGGGAGGCGGUGUGGCGGUGAUUUUCAGGUCGUAUCUCGCUAUUCAACGAGUGUUCGACAUACCGGCGUGUGAUUCUUUCGAGUUUCUGAACCUGUCCAUCAUGUAUCGACCACGUCGCGGUCGUCUGUUGGUGGUUUAUCGCCCCCCUGCGUCUUCGGCGACGGUUUUCAUGACUGAGUUCCAGGUGGUACUCGAGAUUUUAUCCACCCUGCCGGAGAAGGUCAUCAUAGUGGGUGACUUCAAUAUCCAUGUUGAUGUACCCUCUGACAAGCUAGCUGUAACUUUUCUUGAACUAAUUGAGACGUUUGGGUUCUCUCAGCUUAUUAAAACCUCUACCCACAGCAGGAAGAAGAAAACGACUGACCAAGGCCAUACUUUGGAUCUCGUCCUUGCUAGGCAACUUGACGAUGAGUUUGUGCGAAGCGUCCAAGUGUGCGGUUUUGUUAGCGACCAUCGACUAGUUUCUUGUACUAUGCAGGCCCUAUAUCCCGGUUGGCCGGUAUGCGAGGUACAGCCUCGGCCGUUAAAGUCGAUUGAUCCCGACGCUUUCCUGGCUGAAAUUCGUGAACUGUCUCUGCUUGUCUCUCCCUCUGACUCGUUGGAUGGUCUUGUGCAGCAGUACAAUGACUGCCUACGUUCAGUGCUAGAUAAGCAUGCACCUCUGCGCCUGAAGAAAGUUGUGCUUAGGCCUACUGUUCCUUGGUGGAGCAACGAAAUCAAUCGAGAAAAGAGAAAAGUGAGGAAAGCAGAACGUGUUUGGAGGAGGAGGAAACUGGCAGUUUUAUUCGAGAUCUACAUCGCUCGGCUGGCAGACUUUUCCACUCUCUUGCAGCGCAUCAAGACCGAAUUUUUCUGCGGCAAGGUUGCUGAGCUGAAGGGAAAUCGUCAGUCUCUUCAUCAACUCAUUGAAGGGUCAUUAGACUGCAAGAGGCGUGAGCCUGUUCUGCCCAGCCAACUCGACAGUAAGAGCCUUAGUGCGGAGUUCAGCAACUUCUUCUCUUCAAAGGUGAACAAGAUUCGCUCUGCCCUUGAUUUGGCUAUCGGCUCUCUUCUUCUUCCUGGCUCUCCAUCUACGCCUACUUCACUACGCUCAAAUCGACACCCCUCCCCUGGGGUUGUUUCAACUCCAGCUGGACGGCGUAGGCGUGUUUUGGCAUGGCGUGCAACGGCUGGUGCGUCGUCGACAGUCUUGACACCCUCAGCUCGGCGUCUCUUCUCUAGUCGAUCAGAUUUCAAUGUUCUGCGCGACUUCAAACAUCUGUCUCCAGACGAUGUGACCCGGCUGGCUAAAUUUUCUCCGUCAAGCUCUUGUCAGCUCGACCCAAUACCGACAUUUCUCUUGAAGAAAUACCUCCAGCCACUGGUUCCGUCAAUCACCAAGAUCAGCAACAAUUCUCUUACUUCGGGGUCUUUUCUUGCGGCGCUUAAACAUGCCUUGGUCAAACCACUCUUGAAGAAAGCAGAUAUGGACAAAGAAGUUUUCGCUAACUACCGCCCAGUCAGUAACACACCCUUUCUCUCAAAGUUAAUUGAGAGAGCGGUGGCGUGGCAACUUCUCGAUCAAGUGAAUGACAUUUUCCCGGAACGUCAGCGGAUGUCAGUGACGGGACGGCUUUGCUUUUUUCUCGACGUGGCAUGGGGCAUCCUUGGUGCCGCUCUUGGAUGGUUUGGCUCAUAUCUUAGUGAUCGAUCCAAAUCUGUCAUCGUCGAUGGUGUAACAUCCGAUCCAAUGGUACUGGAGUACGGUGUUCCUCAAGGGUCGGUUCUUGGCCCUCUUCUUUUUCUUGUCUACGUCGCUGCUUUGCCGGAUGAGACGCAUAUUAACGGCGUCGUCGUCGAUCAGUUCUCUGACGACACUCAAGCGAGAGCAAGAUUCUCUUUCCGGAUAUCAUCCAACCAAGCUGGUUGCUCUUCUACACCUUCAUCCUUUUUGGUUCGUCGUAGGCGUGGCUCAACUCGAGGUCGGCGAAAUACCGGUCAUAGUCGACGCCGCAGGCGCAGUUCAAAUUAUUUCCCAUCUCAAGCAGAUGCUACUGCGGCUUUAUCAUCGUGGGCCGUUGUCGCCGAUGAGUGGUUUUCUACGAACAGAACCAAUCAGUCGUGCGUGAAGCCAAUGAGUCUCCAGGUUGGUGCGUCUUCUCUCCUUCCCUCGCCUGAGUGCCGUCAUCUGGGUGUUGUCAUCGACGCCCAACUUACUCUAGCGUCUCACAUCCGAGCUGUUUGCAAGAGCGCUCAAUAUUACCUCUGGAAAAUAUCGAAAAUGCGCCGUUAUCUGGAUAUAUACUCAGCGAAGUGCCGUGUGCAUUCGCUGGUCUUGUCCCGGCUGGACUAUGCGAACUCCCUCUUUUCUGGCUUACCUGAGAAGUUGCUGGAUUGUCUGCAAGCUGUUCAGAAUGCCGCUGCGCGACUGAUUUGUGGUGGCAACAGGCGUGACAGUGCUCGUCCUCUCUUGAAGCGACUUCAUUGGCUUCCAAUCCGCGAUAGAGUCACCUUCAAGCUUUCCACCAUUGUUUUCCUAUCACUAUGUGGAACUGCCCCGGCAUAUUUGGUGCAACGCCUGAAAAAGCACAUACCAGGCCGAGAUGGUCUACGUAAUUGCUCGGUAGCCACCCCGACGUUGGACAUCCCUCGCUCCCGUAAAGCCAGCUGCGGUGAUCGGGCUUUUUCCGUUGCCGCAGCCAGAACUUGGAAUUCCCUACCUGAGAGUGUCAGGGCGUCCCCGACCCUCGGAGAAUUUAAGACGAAGCUUAAGACCCAUUUGUGCUCCCUUGUAUUCGCUGUAAACUCAUAA